AUGCUCAUCAGCGAAACGUUCGAAGACAUCGCAACAAGCUACGGCACCACGCUACGCGUGUACGUCAUCUCGCCCCGCGUGCCGGGCUACCCGCGCGCGGUGUUCCCGGGGGUGAUCCUGUACAGCGAGAUCUACCAGGUGACCGGGCCUGUGCGGCGCUUCGCGCAGCAGAUUGCCGCCCGCGGCUACGUGGUGGUGCUGCCCAGCGUGUACCACAACUUCACGGGCCCCGAGCCGCUGGCGUACGACGCGGCGGGCACGCACCUGGGCAACGAGUACAAGGCCCAGAAGCCUCUUGCGUCGUACGACGAAGACACGCGGCUCUGCUGCGACCUACUGCAGCGCCUGCCGCAGUGCGACGGCCGCAUCGGCGCCACGGGCAUGUGCCUCGGCGGCCACCUGGCAUUCCGCGCGCUGCUGGACGCCCGCGUGGCGUGCGCCACGUGCUUCUUCCCGACCGACAUCCACAGCCGCACGCUGGGCGCCCCCGCCCCGGACGACUCGCUGGAGCGCGUGUGCAAGGAGGCCGCGCCCGGGCAGGAACUGCUGCUCAUCUUCGGGACCUGGGACACCCACGUGCCGCCGGCGGGCCGCGACCUGCUGCGCAGCAGCCUGCGCGAACACGGCGUGGCCGCCUCCUUCCUGGAACUGCACGCGGCCCAGCACGCUUUCGUGCGCGACGAGUUCUCCAAGGGCCGCUUCGACGGGGCCGUCACCUCCAGCUGUCUGGGGCUGAUGUUCGAGCAGUUCGACCGCCUGCUGAAGCACAACCUUGGUCCGCGCGAGGCAGACGCCGGCGAGCUGGAGCACGUCUGCUAA